AAUAUUUGUUUCUGACAACAUCAUUUCGUUUAUUCAUAUUGACAGUGAUAGAUGUGGAGAACGUUAUGCCAGCAACAGAAGAGCAACCAAUUUCCCAAGCCGGAUGGGAUUUCAUUACCGAUUUAGGUACUUUACCAGAAGAUGAAAAUAUUAUUAUAGAUUUUCUUUUACAAAGAUUACAACGUGGUCAAAUUUAUACAUGGGUUGGUUCACUACUCUUGACAUUAAAUCCUAAUAAUGAAGUAUCAACAUCUCAUUUGUAUAAUUCUUCAGAAUUUAAUAAACAUAUUGAUAUAUCUCAUACUACAUAUGAAGCAAAUCCUCACAUAUUUGCUGUUGCUGCUAAGGCACAUUACAAUCUCAUCAAAGAACAUGGACGAAAUGCUCAGGUAAUUGUUAUAAGUGGAGAAACUGGAACAGGAAAAACAUUUAAUGCUUGCAAGUGUCUAGAGUUUCUUAGUAAUAUUAACAAAUGGUCAGUACAAUUAUCUCAAGGAGAUUGUGCACACAAUAUUAUGCUAAGAAUUACAGACGCUUGUCGUUUGAUAUCUACUUUUACAACUGCCUGUACUGAAAAAAAUGAAAUAAGUUCAAGACAUGGACAACUUGUAAAACUUCAUUAUAAAAGUGGAAUUAUUUCUGGUGCAACUAUUAACUCGUUUCUCUUAGAAAGAAAUAGAGUAACAAGAGGUUCAAGCAAUUUUCAAAUUUUUUAUCAGAUGAUAUUUGGAAUGUCACCUACAGAACUUGAAAUUUUUAAUUUAUCUAAAGAUAAAUAUUAUGAUAUAUUAAAUGUUAUAGAUUGCGAUAAGAAGAAAUAUUUUGAAGAAAGUUUCCAAGAUACUCUGAACGCAUUGGAUAUAUUGGAUUUCAAAUCUGAUCAAAAAAAGAACAUUUUUCAAGUUCUUGCCUUAUUGAUUCAUAUGGGAAAUAUUAAAUUUAGAGAAGAUGGUGAAAUAUGUGCAAUUGAUUUUAGUAAUAAUAAAUCAAAGGAAGCUCUAAAAAGUACUUGUGUUCUUAGUUCUUUAACUGAAGAUACUAUCAUGGAAUUACUUACUACUAUUCUCAUAAAUCCACAAAGUACUUGGCGGAAACAUACCUCGUAUCAUCGACACCUUGUUACUGUUGAUGCGUGUCGCAACAGAUUACAUAGUAUAAUUAGAUAUAUGUACGAUCUUCUUUUUCAUUGGAUCUUAAAUCAUGCAAAUAAAACUUUGUCUUUAAAACAACAAUAUUCACAAUGGCUUGGCAUACUGGAUAUCUUUGGUUUCGAAUCGUUUACUAAAAACGGAAUAGAACAACUUUGUGUAAAUUAUGCUAAUGAGAAAAUGCAACAAUAUUACAUAGAAACUUGUGUGGAAAAUAAUCGUAAUGAUUUACAAGAGGAAGGUUUUAUUAAAAUUUGCAAUCCUUCACAUACUAUCAAUUUAUACAAAGAACGUCUAAACGUUAUUGAAGAAAAUUUAUUUUUGACUUUGAAUGAUGCUUGUCAAUCACCAGUAGUGAUUGAUAUAUUAACAAUAAUUCAAUCAGUAUGUAAAAAUUUACACAAUGAACAAAAAAAAUUUUUAAGUGAGAAAGAAGGAAACUUCAUUAUAGAACAUUACUCUGGUCCUGUUACAUAUUCUAUAGAAGAUUUACUGUCUAAAAAUACUGAUAAGGUUCCAAAUGAAAUAUCUUUAAUUUUCAGUACAAGUAAGAAUAAAUUUCUUCGUUCCUUAAUCAAUUUUGGAGAGGAACAAUAUUUGCAUAUUGUAAAGGGAUCUAUUACAAAAAAAACUAUGUUAGCUAAAUUAAAAUAUAAUAUGGAUACACUUAUUAAGGAACUUAGAAAAUGUGACUUGCAUUACGUACGAUGUGUUAAACCAAACCGAUCGAUAAAUAAUGAAUGGGAUCGUAAAAACUUUCAAAAACAAUUGGCAUGUAUUGGUAUUUUUGAUGCUUUACCUUUAGCUAAAUGUAAAUAUCCUAUUCGUUUGCGUCAUCAAGAUUUUUAUGUUCGUUACUCCAGAAAGCCUAUGGAAAUGAUUGAUCUCGACAAAUGUAAACUGAUUCUGGAGUCAAUUGUACCUAAGAAAGAUCUACAAACACAGGUUCAUUUUGGAAAGCAGUUGAUAUUUUUAACAGAGCCUAUUUUUCUUAAAUUAGAAUCCUAUAGAAGGAAUUAUCGUAUAAAAUAUGCUAAUAAAAUAAAAACGUUUUGGAUAAGGCAUAGUAAGUAUAACGUCUUACAUAUACUUUUUUGUUCUUUUCUCAAAAUUCUUUUCACAGGACGUAAAAUAAUACCAGCUAUCUCAAAAUAUUUGGGAACUAACUUUCCAAUACAAAAUAUAUACAACAUAAACAAAGACAAUACAGCUGUCAAAAUUAUGCUUGAAAGUGAAUUGAAAUCAUCAAAUUCUUUGGAGGAAGCUCCAAUCGCUCAGAACAAUAAGGAAACAAGUCAUCUAAAUCUUGUAAUGGAAAAUGAGGAAGAUAAAAAUAAGAACAUAAAUAAAAGUCCGAAUGAAACUUAUUCAGAAAAUAAGAAUGAAAAUAAGAAUAACUGGCCGGAGAUGCUAAAUAUUUUUGGAAAAGUAUAUGUCCUUAAAAAUUGGCCAAAAAUAAUUAACCUUAGAUACCAACUCAGUGAUAUACAAACUAAGACUUACUUUGAAAAUAAUACUAUAAAAUUUAUAAAAACGAUCAAUUCUGAUUAUUUUCCAAAACUUAAACAUGGUAAAGACUUUCAUAUGUACAAUGAUAUGGUAGAUGAUAAUUAUAAUGACAAUAACAAUAAUUUAUUGAAACAGCGUUUAGCAUUACAUAGUUCUUUAAUGAAUAUAGACUCUGUAAAGAAUAUCAAUGAAAAAACAUAUUCUAUGUAUUGCGAGAAGGACAAAAUUGUUACUAUUGAAAUAGAUUCCUGUUUACUUUUCUAUAAGAAUCGAAUUUUAAGUCGACGACAGCUUGCUGCAAUACCGAUAAGGAUGCAUACUCGGGCUACAUGUUUGAUUAAUUCGCAUAUAUUACCACGUAGUGUAUUACCGCAAGGGUUACAAGACUGUCUUUAACAGAGAGAGUCCAUCUUUUCGGUGAGGUCAUGGCUUCAGUCUUUAUCUUAUUACUAAUUUAAUAAAUAUAUGUUAUAGUUUUCAGCAAUAUACAGAAGACAUUGUUAUAAAAGCGUACUACUAUAGGUAGGGUCAUAAAUAACAAACCUUAAACUUUAUGUAUAAAUGCGAAAUAAUGUUUUCUCCCUUUAACGAGAAAAUAUUACGAUGUUUAUAUAUGUAUUUUGAAACCAAAUGAAAUGUUUUAAAAAAUAA